AUGGAAGUGACCGAAUUAGAAAUUCGAACAAAAAUUGACCGAUAUUCCGACUUCCUUCAGAAUGUGCUGGUGGCUGAUUUGAAGAAGGCAACCUCCGCCACAGCCGAAAUUAAGCAUGAAAUCGACGAAUUUCAAUACCUUGAGCGGCGGCUACAUCAACUCUUGAGCAAAAGCGAUAUUCCUAAAGUCCGAGAAAUGGUAGACUUAGGCCAUGGAAAAAGUUUUUGCCCAGCCCUUGCUGCUGAUGAGUCUAUGGUACACGUUCAUGUUGGGAUGGGUUUUUACGCUGAGUUAUCGAUAUCCGAUGCUUUGAAGUUUGUUGUAAAGCGUGUGCUAUUUCUUCAAAACGAGAGGCUGAAGGAAAGCGCAGCGACAGUGCACCAACUGAAGGACCAUAUAUUGGCAUCCGAAUUGACCUUGGACCAGCUCUCAGUGGAGUUGCAGCGCUCGCUCCAUGGUGAACGCCGCCGAAUGUGACUGUACUUCCGUAGCUGAAAGUUCUUUUAGUCGCUCAGACAAUAUUAGCUAUCGGAUGGGAUAAAGAGGAGCUGCAUUCGAAUAGUGCUAUGCGAUAGACAAAAGUUGUAAGCUGCUUUGGCUCUUGGUGGAUGGAGCAAUGCUGAAUCGAUAAUAGAGUGUCGCGACUUUGUGGCCAUCAACAGUUCAUGCGUUACUAGAAGUUAGCUCGAUUCGCUUUUCAUGGUUUGCAAUCUUCUGGUGUGGAUGAGCAGAGCGAUACGGAUCGAAGCUGUACCGAAAAAAUACAGUGCGAUAUCUAGCAUCCAGUGCAGAUUGGCGAUGUAGUAGACUGCGAUCAUCUGAAAUGCCCAGCUGACCAAAGCAACCGGCGACCAGAUCAAUCCGUUUUGAAGC